AUGUACUAUAAAUUAUUGCAUCAGAAUCAGCUAUCUGUUACAUCAGAGAAGAAUCAGAAUCUGGCUUGUGCUCGUAAUUCUAUUAAAGCUACUGUAGAGUGCGGCGCAAGGCUUGUUGAUUUACCUGUGAGUUGCCUAGCUACCCAUGUGGUAGUUGCAAUUGGAAAUGUGGACUGUCCUUAUUCAAAUGACUACUUUGCAAAAUUCGCUAAGGAUUUUGAGAAUGAGGAUGCCUCACCAACAUUUUCCAUGUUAUUCGAAGCUGUUUGUUCUCAUGGAAUCACAAUUGUUGGUGGAUCUGUGCCUGAAUCCAGUGAUGGCCAAUUGUAUAAUACUAGCUGUGUAUUUGGACCUGACGGAAAGCUUAAAGCAAAGCAUAGAAAAAUGCAUUUGUUUGAUAUUGACAUUCCAGGAGAUAUUACACUCAAGGAAUCUGACUUCUUUGCCGCGGGAGACAAACCUACCAUUGUGGACAUAGACAUUGGCCGCAUUGGAGUAGGAAUCUGUCAUGAUAUAUGCUUCCCUCAACUUGCUGUAUUAUAUAGAGCAAAAGGUGCUCAUAUAACAUGCUAUCCUGGGGCCCUCAACAUUAGCUCUGGUGAAUUGUUAUGGGAAGUGAUGCAGAGAGCACAAGCAGCAGAUAACCAGUUCUUUGUAGCUACUUGCUCACCCUCCCGAGAUUCUAGUGGUAGCUAUGCAAUAUGGGGGCACUCUACUCUUGUUGGACCGUCUGGUGAGAUAAUUGCAACCUCAGGGCAUGAAGAGACUAUGGUGGUUGCUGAGAUUGAUUAUUCCAAAAUUGAACUCCAAAGGAAAGGCCUUCCACUUGACAAGCAAAAGAGGGCAGACAUUUACACUUGUGUUGAUGGACAUGAAGGACAAAAGCCUUAAAAAGGUGAACCUUAUGACAAAAUUCACUUACAAGAAUAGCAUUCAUUUCCAAAACCUUUCCAUUGAUGUAUCUAAAUUUUGUUUUGCAUGGAAUACUAAUGACAAUUAUUUGUAGCUCUUUGCAUGUACUGUGC